UUGAUAACAGCUGCUGGGAGUGUGACUCUCUGCUGAAGUUGGUAGGUGUCCCGAUAUUAAUAUAGAUGCACACACAGAGAGAGAGAGAGGCACGCCCUGUAAACAGCUUUGGCUGCCCUGGAGGAGAGUCAGAACGGCUUCAAGAUGGGAGGCCAAACUUCUCAGCUCUUCACAGUCCCUGAGCAGCAGGAGAUCAUGAAAGAAACUGGCUUCUCGGAAGCUAAUGUUGUGCGCCUUUACCAGCGCUUCCAGGCUUUGGACAAGGAUGAAAAAGGCUUCCUCAGCAAAGAUGACUUCGAAGGGAUCGGAGAACUAGCAGUGAACCCCAUCGGUGACCGGAUCAUUGAUGCCUUCUUCCCAGAUGGGAGAGAGACUACGGACUUCCGGACAUUCACUCGUGUGCUGGCCCACUUCCGGCCAGUGGAGGGACCCGGAGGCUCGCAGAACGCUAACAGCCGGCUUAGCAAGCUGAAGUUUGCUUUUCAGCUCUACGACCAAGACAAGGAUGGGAAGAUCUCCCGCGCAGAAAUAUUACAGGUGCUGAGAAUGAUGAUUGGGAUCGAGGUGACGGAUGAGCAACUCGAGAGCAUCACAGAUCGAACCAUCCAAGAGGCCGAUAAGGACGGAGACAACGCCAUCUCCUUUGAGGAGUUUGCAAAGUCUGUGGAAAAGCUGAACAUUGAACAGAAGAUGAGCCUCCGGAUCCUGAAGUGAUCCAUCAGGGAUCGGAGAAACCCCUGACAGCUUGGGAAAUGAACAAGCCUGGCUCCUGGCAGCAAAGGAUGCAAUUGCAAAAACGUGUGGGAUACUGUCGGAUCUCACCUCUGCUCCUGAUGGGCCGCAAAGAAACCAAAUUAGAGAUCUCCAUCUAACAAAGAUCCCUCACUGACAACAAGAUGGGAUCAGGAGCUGCUGACCAACAGAGGCCUGCCAUUCCAUCUGCCGUGUCUAAGCAGACCUCCAUGACAAUAUUUCAACUAGAAGCGGCACAACCUUUUCCCCAUUUUCUGAGAAGCUGCGCAAUCCCUAUGCCAUGCACUGAAAUACACAUCAAACCAGAUUUUCUUUUUCUUAACAGGAGG